CAGCUUACACAAUUCCCAAAAAACAAUUACAUAUCCUAAAAAAUUCUCAAUUGCUGUCAUCAUCAGCGUGACUCAAACUCUUAACCUACCAUCAGUUGAAAGUCAACUCUGACAUGACUUAUAAGCACUUAGCUUUUCCGACUUCGGUUCUUUCAUGGAUGUUGUUGAUUGUGUUGUCUCUACAGACUAUCGAUGGCCAAACAAUAACUACACCAUGUACAGGACCGAUGAUUACUAGUUUUACGCCAUGUAUGAAUUUCUUGACGAAUAGCAGCAGCAACGUUGGGGGUUUACCAACUGAAGAUUGCUGCAAUGUACUGAAGACUAUGAUGACCAACGCCAUGAAUUGUUUUUGCCUUAUUGUUACAGGCGGCAUUCCCUUUCAAAUGCCGAAUCCCAAUAUGGUUAUGCCUCUUCCUAGUGCUUGUAACAUGCCUGGUGUGCCACUCAAAUGCAAAGCUCCCAGUCCACCUGAGGUUGUUGCGCCAGGUCCUCGUAGCGAUGCUGGGGCUCCAAGUGCUUCACCAACAGCUGCUCCAACUAUCCCUCCUCGUAGUCCUAAAGAUUCAACUGUCCAUCCGCCGUUGCCGUCUAAUUCAUCGCCACCAGCCGAUGACAUUCCAACUCUAACGCCACCAUCUCCGCCGACGGAUCCAUCAACUCCGGCAACAAAUUCCGACAGGCUAACUCCGGCGACACCAUCGGCUGCACCUUUUCUUGGUCAUGGAAUUUCACCAUUAUUAAUUAUGUUAGCUGCAUUUGGAGCGAUUCUUUGAGUUAAUAUUAGUAAUUUGAUGAUAUAUGACUACAAAUUAAAAUAUAGAUUGUAUAAAGCAAUUACUAGAAUUAUUUAUUAGUGACGUUGAUGUUGUACAGGGAUAUAAUAUAGUAUGUACUUGUUAUGUUAUUAUUUGGUACGUCUAUAGUUCUAUUUGA